UCGCUCGUCUCUGUGACUCGCCGCCUCGCCCUUCGGUAGUCUGUGACGGGGAGUUUUUUUUUUUUUUCCGGCGGCUUGAACCUCUGGGGACUAAGGAGGAGGAUAUGUGCAGACUUUGUGGUGGAGGUCAGGUGAUGAACGAAUCGGUGAGGCGGAACUAAUAAAGAAUUAAUGAAGUGACGCUGCUGUACACGAGUAAAUGUGACGUGUGGAGAGACGAAAAGAAUACAACUACAAUAAAAAGGAAGACAUAAUUAGGGACACAAACAAGAGUGACAAAGAAAGAAAAUAAUAGAAAAACGAACGUAUGAAAAGAAAGCGUGGUAUACCAUGAAAAUCAACUAGAUAAGUGAUAAACCUGUACAUAAACUAUGCAUCACAGAACAAAUAGUUAAUAAGACGGAAAAAAAACAAGACUGAAAGUGAGAGUUGACGAUAAAACAAAACUACUACUACUACUACUACUACUACUACUACUACUACUACUACUACUACUACUACUACUACUAUUACUACCACCACCACCAACACCACCAAACACACAAACCCAAGUUUAAGCCAUCGUCAAUAGCAAGUCAUCACUCCUUUCUUUCCAAACACCCUCGGAUUUACAGCUCUCCCCCACCGACCACCCCACAAAGAUUCACAAUGGCUCGGAAACUGCAGAAAUUUAUGAUACUCUUCGACAACCCAAAUCUCCUGUAUUUCCCCGGCCACUUCAUCUCCGGCAGGGUCAUUGUGGAGCUGGAGGAGGACACUUCAGUAUUGGGUGUCUACUUCCACGUUGUCGGCGAGGGCGUGGUGCGCGUGACGGACAGACGCCAGCAUGUCUACACCGACAAAGAGAACUACAUCGACUUCAGGAUGCGUCUCCUUGGCGAGCCAGACGAGCGAUACCCCAUGGAGAACGAGGAGCACCAGACACCUCGGGGUCAGGGCCCCAUCCUGCUGUCCCCGGGGAUCCACAGCUUCCCCUUCAAGCUGGGCCUGCCCCUCGGCCUGCCCUCCACCUUCCUGGGCAAGCACGGCUGGGUCCAGUACUUCUGCAAGGCCGCCCUAAGAGAACCCAACGGUCUCACGCACAAGAACCAGCAAGUGUUUAUCGUCAUGAACCCGAUCGACCUCAACGUGGAGCCUUCCAUCCUGGCGCAACCCUUCCACUGCGAGAUCGAGCAUAACUUGGGCAUGACUUGUCUGUCGCGUGGCCCUGUCUCCUGCCGCGUGAGGCUGGACCGAGGUGGUUACGUGCCCGGGGAGACCAUCAGCGUGUGGGCCAGAGUGCAGAACCAGAGCAAGGUCACCAUCAAGAAGACCAGAGCCUGUCUCACUGAGACGAUCCAGUACAUGUCCAAGAGCAAGGUGGUGCAGACGGAGACGCGGGAGCUGUCCUCGGUGGCUCGCGGGAAAGUCAAACCGACCGACACGGAUGACUGGAAAUAUGAACAGCUGUACGUCCCGCCCCUGCCUCCCACCAACUUGCGCGGGUGUCACCUCAUCCGUAUUCAGUAUGACGUGUUUUUCAUCAUUGAGCCCAACAACCUGGAGAAGGAGAUCAGGCUGCAGCUGCCUAUCAUGAUGGCCACCUACCCUUACCGCAACUCUGACGGCACACUCAAGAAAAAACGCGGCGCCCAGUACCCAGACUCGCUGCCCAUCUUCAGGCCCUGGCUCAACAACAAGUCCUUCGAGUGACACACACCACACCCACCGCACUCAAGCCCACCACAGCCUCUAGCCUCUUAACCUCCGUCAGCGCCCUACACUCGAGCCCACUGCAGCCUCUAUCCUCUUAAAUUUAGUCAGCGCACCACAGCCUCUUGCCUCUUCUUAACCUUCGUCAGCGUCUCCAUCACGUCCCUAAGCCCUACGAAUCAAGCCGCCCCCCCCCGCCUCUCUCUCUCUCUCUCUUUUCACUCGUUCCGUUACAUGAUGUAUGAAUAACUAGCCUGCAGUUUGUAAUCAUAAAAGCUUUGUUCUCUCAUUUCCCAUCAUGAUUGUUUUCAAAGGACAGAGAUGAUUGGUCAAGUCUUCAUGAAUAUUUUCUUUCUGAUGAUACAAAAUUAUUCUUUAACUAUCUACUAGUGUCAGAAGCGCACCCUUGACACACCCAGUAACUUCCACUAGAGCCUUGUCGAGUGAUUGAGGGAAAAUGCUGACGGGUCUAAAAUUUCGCGCCUGAUAGUUUUGAGGAAGGAACUGACAGAGAUUUGAGUUCUAUGGAAUUCGAGGAGCAAACCAAGCUAUUUGUGGGGUGCUGAUGUAGUUGUGUUUGCAUUACGUGAGGGUCAAUUACUGAGGCUUGGAUGAAGAGGAUAUACUGAUGGAUAACGGGAUAAUGUAACAGUUAUCAAGAAAGUGAAACUUCAGGUAAUGGUUAAAAUUUGAAGGAAUAAUGGAUUUUUUUUUUUUUUUUUUUUACAGGACGGCGUAGUAUUGUGGUUUGUUUCGAAUUUACUUGACUCACGCACGUUUAUCAGGAUAUUACACUGAAUGACAACCAUUAAUUUGUGUACUGACAGACUUUUUGUUUAUUCUUCUGUACUGAGAUAUUAAUUAUUGGUCAAGUUAUGAUGGCUUGAUAAAAUAUUCUUAAUAAAACUGAAGUGAUGGAAGCAUUAAUAUUUCUAUGGGAGUGGGACUGGCGCAGCAAAACAUUUUCUAACAUUACUAAGCCUUGUCAGAUUAUCUCGGCCUCUUCUCUUUCAUCCGGUGACCACCACGCGCGUCUUUUAGUUCUUCCUUGUAAUGAUAGCCGUGGAAGCCCUCGUCAGUUUGAGGCAACAGGCGGCAGUGGAGGCGGGCAAUGCUGGCCUCUUGUCUGCUACUUUCUCGCUCAAUCUCCUUCCUCUCAGACACACCCGAGGCUUUACAGUUUACACGAUGCUCAAAAAAUUAUGAGAAGGACGAUGAUGGUUCAUGAAAUGUAUCUCUUAUCUUCAUGGUAGCAAGGCUUUUAUGUCUACUUGUAUAUUUUCAUUAUUAUUCUUAUUCUUAUUCUUAUUCUUAUUAUUAUUAUUAUUAUUAUUACUGCUACUUCUAUUACUACUACUACAACAACUAUUUUUUUUAUUAGUAUCAUUAUAACUAUAGUCACUCUAGCUGCUGUACUACUCGUACUACCGCAGUAUAUCAGAUGAAUUUUACGGAAAGGGAUUACGCCAGAGCAGCACAAUGUCACAGAAUUGAAAACCAUUCCCUACAAGGCGCCUGGCAUGCUGGCGGGACGGAGUGAGGUGGGUGCCGCCAACACUUCCCACUCUGGCGGCAGAGUGUUCCCGCCGCCAGCCACUGCCGCCGCGCCCUUCAAAACGCGAUGCCAUUUCAAGUUUCAAGAUUGCUAAUUUCUGCUCACGUGUCUAGCGUAAAAGCUUAAGCUUCACUUAAUGCUGCCAUCGCUGUUGAAGGUAGUGCGCCGCUGCAUCAGAGUCGCCGCGUGUAUAGUAAUGAAUACAUGUUGUGCUUGGGACGCGCUUCGCGACAUCUGCUUGUCAACAUCACGUGCUAGGCAGCUGCAUGAGUCACGCCACACCGCGGCGCGCUAGUGCCAAGGGACUAACUUCCUGAGCCACACACGUGUGUGCGGGGCAGCAGCCACUGGCCCGCGAGUAAGGGACCGCCAUGAUGGUACCAGGGAGCAUCCUGCCACUUUUUGUAAAAGGAUGAAGCAGAAGCACACUAAUAGCGGCUGGUGCCUGGCGUUUCCCGCGACACCUUUCCAAGCCGAACAUUCAGCAGGUGUUCAAGAGGCAACACUGCAUUCAUUGUUGACCACACACUUCUGUACACCCCACUUCUCUUUUGUAGUCAUUAAGCCUUCGGAACUGGUGUGACGCAAGUAAUGUGACGUUUAUGAAAAUGUUCCUUUUCCUUUUCUCACGCAACACACACACACACACACACACACACACACACACACACACUGCUGCCUUCCCUCCUCACUGUAUCACACUCGCCAUGGUGCCAUACCUCCCCGCUGCACGGAACUCCCCCAACACUCGCCACACACUGGUCGCAGCGCGACCGUCUGUCUGUCUGCCUGCCCGUCACUCUUCCUACAAGCGUCACUACCAGAAUUGCUUUCAGGAUGAAGUUGAAGUUGUCAUUUGUUGCUGUACAUUGUUGGUAUUUUGUUGUGUAUAAUGUGUGCUUAUCUAUGUAUUGUAUCUAUCCAUCCGUCUGUCUAUUCAUUUAUUACCAAAGUUCUGUUUAUGGAAAUCUUUUAACUGCUGUCAAUCCUCGUCAAUUAGAACCAUGAUUUAUCCACAGCAAUGGCUUAAUUUGUAGACAUUUCUCUUUUUUUAAAAUAAAGAUUCAUUAAACCUU